GGGCCUGUAAGUAACCGGGCAGGAUUUUUGAAAGCAGAAAAUAUAGCUACUUAAUUAAUUAUCUAUACAUUACAUAUGGACAUACUAAGAAAGAGUAGUUCUUUGUUCACUUUUUCUAAGCUUCUGUUUAAACCUACUCUGGGUUUUUCCAGAAUAACCAGGGUUUCACUUUCCACGGCUUAUGAACGCGCACAGAAAAUAGGAGGAAGAGGUGAUCAGAGCGAAUCGACGACUUAUCACACCGAAAACGACGUCGUUGGUGGAAGAAACAGUGAGCACAAGAUUGAGGAUGAGAGUGGCGUUACGGGAUUUGUUGCAGAUAAAGCAAGAGAAGGAGCUAUAGGAGCGACGAAAAUAGCGGAAAAGAUGGGGGAGUUGGCUUCGGAAACUAUAGACACAGCUUGGGACUCGGCAAACAAUACAACUCAAAAUGUCCAAGACACGUUGAUCGCCACUGCUGACAAAAAUGUUGUCGAUACAACCGAAUAUAGAUCCAUACAAGAUCUAAACAACUCUUCACUCCAACCCAACCAAGAUCAUCAUAACCCAACUCUUUGAUCACGACCAUUAAUUUUAGCUCUUAUUUAUUGAAUCUUAUAAUAUAUGUCUUCCCGUAUUUGUUUAGCAGCUUAUUAUAAAAAAUAUACAUUAUAGCGUUUGGUUAUUUCUAUCUCUGUAGUGCGGGUACGCUACGUACUCUCUUUCUCCUAUAAAAUUAUAUUAUAAUGGUAAAUUAAUACA